AUGCCUGGUCUUACAACUUACCCGCCUUUCCCUCAGGACGUCCCCACCUGUCCUCUCUUGGUGGUCGACUAUGAGCUUAUUAAAGCCGGAGAUGCAGAUGAGAUUGAGAGGCUCUGGAGGGCUGCGACGGAGAUGGGGUUUUGGUACCUCAUGAACCACGGCGUAUAUGAGGAAGCGGAAGCGAUGUUUACGAUGGGCGAGGAGACAAUCGCUCUUACCCUCGAGGAGAAGCUCCUCUUUGAGCAGGGAGACCACGGCGUUUCGUUCGGCUACAAGGCCGCCGGUGUGCAGUUCACCGACGACAAAGGCACGCGCGACGUGACCGAGUUUGUCAACAUCUCCAAGGACGACGCGCUUGCCUGGCCGGCCGUCGCGCGCCGCACGUACCCCUCCGCCGUCAACACGCGGAUGGAGUCCACCAUCAUGCCGUUCGUGAAGAAGUCGCUCGCGAUCAACAACCACCUCAUCGGCGUCCUCAACGACAAGCUCGGGCUCCCUGCGGGCACACUCGCAUCUCUCCACAAGGUCGAGGAGUUCAGCGGAUGCACGGCGCGGUUCAUCAGAGCGCCGCCGUAUCCUGGAUCAGAGGAAAAGACGUUCCUGACGGCGCACACUGACUUUGGGUCGUUGUCGUUCCUGCACAACCGCCUCGGCGGCUUGCAGGUGCUCCCGCCCGGGUCUGAUCAGUGGUUCUACGUCAAGCCCCUGCCCGGACACGCGAUCUGCAACAUCGGCGACGCCCUCAACAUUUUCUCUGGCGGCAUCCUGCGCUCCAACAUCCAUCGCGUCGUCCCGCCUCCGCGGGAGCAAGCCGAGUACGAACGCCACUCCGUCGUGUUCUUCACCCGCCCGAACGACGCCGUCGAGCUGCGCGCGCUGUCUGCGCAGAGCGAGCGCAUCGCUGCAGCGGUCGCCAACGCGCCCCCGGGGAAGUACGCCCCUGGCGUGACGGCGAUGGAGUGGCUGGUGAGGAGGGUCAAGUCGCAGCGGGUGACGAACUACAAGGGCCCGGAGAGCUGGACGGAUAGGCGUGGUACCGAAGACACGGCAAUCCCGAACCAGGGGAAGAUCUGA